GUGACAGUUGCUCGCGUGCUGGUUUGUUUACGUAAAUUUUCAUUGAUGGGAUGAACUUUCCUCAAUUUUUACGAAAUGUCUCGUAUUUUUACUCACUGGAGCUGGGGCAGAAUUUGGGCAAUAAGAAGGACCAGUUCUGGAUUCCAACGAGACUUUAAGUCUGUAGUGGGUACUUUGUACUCAAAACAGCAACUUCACACAUCUGCAGCCGUUUCGGGAAAAGUAUUCUUGGAGCGAGAAAAUGCUCAUUCUUACCAAAUAUUGUCGAGUUCCUCCAAUUAUAAAUUGUGUCCUGAAAUCAGUUUCAAGUGGGGAAAGGAUUCCCUCUCAGACGAAAAUAUCGCGAAAUUGUUAGAUGACCCUCCUGCAACCCCUCAGGAAAUAUGCUCCACUCUGAGGGCUGUCAUUGGAUAUUGCAAUAAAAACGCGUUGGCAAUUGCGGAUGAAAGGUUUGAUAAAUUCGUCGAUGCUUUUACUUCAAUAUGCGACCAACUCACAGAUGACCAGCUUCAAAGUUGCCUCACAGUUUUGCAAUUUUUGCCCGAGCCGCCGGGUAUUAACUCGAGAAACUUCAUGGAACUUUGGAAGGCGUUGGAUGAUGCCUGCAAGGCGCGGAUACAAGACUGGUCGACGGACAAAAUCCUCCUCAUAGCUGACUGCUGGUAUCGCCUAAACUUGGUGAAAUGCAGUGAAUUUGUUUGGGAUGGGAUAAAGAAAAUCGGCAGGAAAGCGAGGAAACUUUCGCCCUCUCAGUUGGUGCAGUCCAUGUUCCUAUGCAACCUUGUUCGCAGGCCACUCGUCGACAUGUUCGACUUCGAGAUGCACCUGGACAGCAUGUUCGACUCGCUCAGCCUGGACGAAGUGGGCGUGAUGUGCGCGGGCUUUUUCAAGACCCAGACGAAGCUUCACAAUCCGCAGUUGAUUGAGAAAAUAUACAAACGACUAAUUGCCAACUUGGAUGUGGUGGACGAUAUAACGCUUGUCAACUACAUCAAAACCUUGCGCUACUCCAGCAGGUUGCCGCAGGCAGACAUCAUGUACGGCCUCCUUGACAAGAUGUGUCCGCAACUCCACAGAAUAUCCCUCCUUGCGUGCCUGCAUGUCGCGCUGACCGGGUGUGAUAUCCAAAUGUGCCACGAAAAAUGCGUUGAAAUGGUCCUGGAACGGUUCCACCGAGACAUUGACGAAGCCCGUAUUAAAGACAUGGAGCGGAUCUGCCAUGUGAUGGGACUUUUUAACAUAAAAACUAAAUCGGGGAUAAAAGAUGAACUCUGCGAGCAGAUCUUGGAACGGAUGCAAACUCGAAUUGAUGAGAUCAUUCGCUACCCCAAGUGCCUCCAGACAUGCCUUCACUACCUCACCUUGUGCGGCCACUACAACGAGGACAUGCUCAAUGCAGCUCUGGACCAACAAUUCAUAAAGCAUGUCUACGGAAAGAACAAACUGCUGGGGAGGGAAGUGUUUUGUCUAGACUCGUACGCCAGAAUCAACCUGAAGGACUCGUACCGGGGCAACCUCCUGCUGGACAGGCAGCGCGGGACUAUGGGCAAAAUGUUCACGCAUUACAUACCCGAGAAGAACUCUAAAUUCAAAUUAAACGUGACUGACCGGAUAUUGGUGGAAGUUAAUGAAACUUGCAAAAACCUUUGGGGGACCAGCAACAUCAAACAUGUCCUGCCUCAUUUCGAAAGACCAGACAUUGUGAUUGCUUAUGACAUAGAGAAUCGGAAAGGCCUUCCUCUAAGUAAGCUCUGCCCAGAGGACUAUUCCGGAGCGAUUCUGAAUAAGGACGAUAUCAGCGGAGGCUCGGAUAAAAGAAUCGAAGUUGCCGCAGUUAUCAUCGGAGGCUGGAAUAACUUUGUAAGGAACACAAACAUGCCCACGGGAUUACUUGAAAUGAAAAUGAAUCAACUGAAGAUAUUAGGAUACAAAGUUGCUCUGAUACCUUGGCACGAAUGGCGGGAGCAGGAAACUACCGCUGACAGGCAGAAGUAUGUUCGAAGGAAAGUGUCCUCGAUGCUGGAAGUUGGAAGAUAACAAUAGUACCUAGUCUUGAUAAUGUAGAAUAAUAUAAUUUGAAAAAUAAAAGUCUUUUUU